CACGGACAUUGUUGAUCCGGAUCCGGAUCCGCCCAGCGCCGACAAGAUGGCGGAGAACACCCGAGGAAAGUGAGAAAAGAAAAACAAAAUAUAUGCGAGCUCGUCCCGUUUUCCAUCAGUGGCGCCCUGGCGGAGCUCGUGAGCGCGCGUCGUCCGGCGGACACACGUUAGCAUACAGCGGGGGUCCCCUCGCGCUGUGUUCGACGCCCUCCCGCGCUACGCGGACGGAUGUGCUCCCGCGCUAGCUCCCCUCCUCUAGCCCGCUGCUGACAGAGCGUCCGUCGGCUCUUCUGCCUACCCGAGCUAGCUAGCUAUGCUAGCCAUGCUAGCUAGCCUCGCUGGCUGACAACACCGUUAGCGGGUAGCGGGAGAGAGAGAUACCGUGAAGGAAAGUGUCGGGGGAGUCUCUGUGUCUGUGUCUGUGACUGUGUUAACUACGAGGUGGGGCUGGAGGAAUACGACGCUAUGGCUCUCGUCGCGGGGGGUCCGGACCGCAGCGGAACGAGCCUUUAGGGGGGGGCUGGGGGGGGGGGGUUCGUGUCGGUAGUUCACGAAGCAAGCGGGCUAACAUUGCGGCACAGGGACCACAGUCCUGGCUCUCGGAACAGGAUAUUCGCCCAGCCGUUUACUGAGUCGUUUAGGUGUUGUUGUGAUUGAGGAAGUGCCUCUGAAGAAGCUGUGUUAGUUCGUUAGCUUUGGGGGGGCUUAACAGUGGGACACAGUGAGCAGACGGGCUUGUUCGUCCCCGUUGGGGUUGUAAACAUUACCCCGAGCCGAGGAGAACACCGAGUCACCGACAUGGCACACUCCCCUGUCCAGGGUCACCUGCCCGGGAUGCAGAGCAACCGCGCCGACCCCGAGGAGCUGUUCACCAAGCUGGAGCGCAUCGGCAAGGGCUCGUUCGGCGAGGUGUUCAAGGGCAUCGACCACCGCACGCAGAAGGUGGUGGCCAUCAAGACCAUCGACCUUGAGGAGGCGGAGGACGAGAUCGAGGACAUCCAGCAGGAGAUCACCGUGCUCAGCCAGUGCGACAGCCCCUUCGUCACCAAGUACUACGGCUCCUACCUCAAGGACACCAAGUUAUGGAUCAUCAUGGAGUACUUGGGUGGUGGCUCCGCGUCCGACCUGUUGGAGCCGGGGGCCCUGGACGAGACCCAGAUCGCCACCAUCCUGCGGGAGAUCCUCAAGGGCCUGGAGUACCUGCACUCGGAGAAGAAGAUCCACCGGGACAUCAAAGCUGCCAACGUGCUGCUGUCGGAGCAGGGCGAGGUGAAGCUGGCCGACUUCGGGGUGGCCGGCCAGCUCACGGACACGCAGAUCAAGAGGAACACCUUUGUGGGGACGCCCUUCUGGAUGGCGCCCGAGGUCAUCAAGCAGUCGGCGUACGACUCCAAGGCCGAUAUUUGGUCUCUGGGUAUCACGGCCAUCGAGCUGGCCAAAGGCGAGCCCCCGCACUCGGAGCUCCACCCUAUGAAGGUGCUAUUCCUGAUCCCAAAGAACAACCCGCCCACCCUGGAGGGCAACUACAGCAAGCCGCUGAAGGAGUUUGUGGAGGCCUGCCUCAACAAGGAGCCCCGAUUUAGGCCCACGGCCAAGGAGCUGCUGAAACACAAGCUGAUCGUGCGCCACGCCAAGAAGACCUCCUACCUCACGGAGCUGGUGGACAAGUACAAGAGGUGGAAGGCCGAGCAGUCCCGCACCGCCGAGUCCAGCUCCGACGAGUCAGACUCGGAGCAGGACGGGCAGGCGUCGGGCGGAAAGGACUUUGGCAGUGACGACUGGAUCUUCACCAUCCGGGAAAAAGACCCCAAGAAACUGCAGAACGGAGAGGGGCAGUCUGGGUCGGCAGAUCAGUCAAAAGACAUUCCAAAGAGGCCUUAUUCGCAGAGCCUGGCAGCGGUCAUCUCACCUGCACUGGCAGAGCUGAAGGCCAGGCAGGAGCAGGUGAACGGGAACCCCAUGGCUCUUGACGAGCUGAGGUCAGCCAUCAUGGUGGCGGAGGAGUCUUACCCGGGAAUCUCGGACUCACUGGUCCAUCACAUGGUCCACAGGAUCCAGAGUUUCUCUACAGGCAGGACGUCCUCCUCCUCGUCCCCUUAGCGACGGCUCCCCGCCCCGCCCAAUCCUCACGCCGCAACCUCCAACCCGCCUGCUCCGUCGCACCCGACCUCCCCCCCCCCCCCCCCCCCCCCCCCCGCGCCCCAUCCACACCAGGGGGUCCAGACUUUUUGGACCACCCCAGACCGGGUGACUCCCCUUGGAGCUCUGGGGGAGACCGCCGUUCGCUCGCCCCUUCGGUCGCCCGCCUCCGCCUCCACAGACUCCUGCGGACUGACGGAAGACAAACUCUGAACAGACAUGGACUCUGGAGAAAAGAGAGAGAGAGGGAGUCUUGCAGUCCCUCGCCCUUCCAUCAACAACACCCCCGAAUCCUCACUAUGGGGUCCCCACAUUGCAUCUGCUGGAACCCGGGAAAGGAUAAAAAGAACAAAAAUAAAAUGCCAUCCGUAACUUUGUUUGCCGGGGACACUGCCUGUCCCGUCUGACCAUUUCCUGCAGGCCGUUGUACUCCAGAAAAAACCUCUUGACAGCAUGCUUGGUAAACCUGCAGGGACUCUCUCUUUUGACUGCUAGCGUGCACGCAAUGCUAGUGUGCACGCGACUACCCUGAGCGCGGGCGUGCCUGUUUGGUUACUUCUGUGCGCGGGUGCGUGGAUGGUUGGUUUUGCGCGCACAUUUGCGUACGACUCCCUGUUUUAAGGCAAAUUGCAGCAUUCAUAAUGAAACCUCAGGUAAAGUGCUUUAAGUGAACUUUGACCUCCGAGGCAAUGGGGGGACGCUGUGUGUGACAAGAAGUUUAUCGUCGUCAACAUCGCGGGGAAAUGAAUCACUGUGUACAAAAUGGUUGCGUGCAUUUUGUAGAUGCUGAUAAAGAGAUCAAACGGUAGAUAUUUAACAAGUUCAAAAAUUUACUAGGACGAACAAGAACAAAAAUGCCUUGCCUUUUUUCAGACGCAAACCUUUUUGGUUAUUGCUUGUUUUUGUUUCAGUUUUUAUUUUUUUUGUUUUCUGUCGUAUCUCAUAUUUGGUGAGUCCUUGGAACAUGCAUAAUAUUUGUUCACUGAGUUGAGUUUUCGACCUCCAUAGUCAAUCACGGUGGCUUUAAUGAAUCGGUUAAUCGACGUGAUACUAAACUGUAUAAUGUAGGGCUUGGAAACCUUCUCUUUCGUUAAUGUUCGUAGUCCGAAAGGGGAAACUUCACAGCCAGACAACGAUCUAGACGACUUUUACAUAGACAGUGUUAACAUUUGAAACUGGAUCUGGUCCGGCCCGAGACUCCGGGGAAAACGUAAGAGCCAAGUGUCGUGGGUUCUCGUUUUAUUUACUCGUAAUUUAUCGUGAACGUUACUUAAAUGUCGCACAAAUGUUACAUUUCAUUGUUAUGUGCAUUUUGCAUACAAGCAUACACAGCUUAAGUGUUUUCAAACAACGGGCCUCGUUGCAUUGGUGUCCAUGCAAUCAGGAUUUGCCGCGUCAGUGUUCAGCAGUUGCAGACACUUUUCUGAUAAAUCGUAAGCAUCGACUUCAUCUCGGUCAUAAUUGAAAAAGGACGAAGGAAACCUCCUAGGAUGGAGAUGAGUCCCGCGUUUCACGGUGGGGCGUUUUGCUGUCCGACAUCGAUGCCAUGUUACAAUCGUCAGUCUCAACAUUUCUGUUCCCACCUCUCCCGUCCGCCCCUCCAUGCUAGAAGUGCCAUGUCAUCCGUAACUUUUAUUUCUGUUUUUAUGUCUUUUUUUUUUUUGUAGUAUGAUUUGCACCUUUUUUGUUACAUUUCAGAUCAGUUUUUUGCACUUUGGGAGUGUGUUGAGUAUUUAAAGAACCUGUAAGAGCGUAGAAAAGGGGGUUGGUGGGGGGGGAAACACGAGGAAAAAAGAAACCUGUCGCUAAUAGCCAUGUUUUACUAUCCAUGUUUACUUCAAAGUUCCAGAAUUUACUACUGUGCUAACGCAGCAAUAAUGUUGAAGAGUUUCAUCGGAGACGUACUCGUCAACACAGGGAUCGAAAGAAUUAAGAAAUAUCAGAUAUUUUUUUAACAGCUUAAAGAGUAAAGUAUGGAAAUAUGGAAUGCUUUAUAGGGUCUGGACAUCUGCCCUUUGGCAAAACAAAACCUAUAUCAAAGAAAAAAAAACAUGAUACGGAAAGAACUAGAAAAAUGUAAAACGUACAUCUGGGUUCCUUUAUCAUAGCUGACAGUUUAUAGUACUGUAUAUAAUCUUUGCUUGUGUCAUUUGAGAAUUCCCAAGUUAAAUGUAAGCUCCUUGUAAGCUUUCAAAGUGACAUAAGAAAUAAAGAGCUACGGCUAACUGUGGCGCGCAUCUCCGGG